AUGACGUUUGAAGAUAUGGAGGCGCCAAAUCUGUGCCGACCCCCUAUUGGUGAUGCCUCUAACGGAGCCCCUCUUGGUGACAUCUCUAAUGUUGAUCAUCAUUCCCGAAUGACUCCAGUGCCAAUGCCAGCCUCACACGACCUUACCCCGUGUGGAUCUCACUGCCAAAGGGUAAAUCUUGCUAGCAAUACCAACGUAGCAAGGAAAAAGAAACGAUCAAUGCGAAAAAUGCCAAUUGAUGCCAUCUUAGCGGCAUCUCCACUAUGGAUCAACUCCCCAAAUGGAGUCCAGGAACUAUCGCAGACUGCAACAUCUGACCUUAACAUGCCAGAUACGGUUCAUGAUGAUAGAGAACAUAACAGGACCUCAUCAACAGAAAAAGGGGCAUUCUAAACAGAAAAAGGAGAAAAAAGAAAAGGAAAGCACAUC